AUGCACUCUGUAACCAGAGCCUACCGGCUCCCACUCACCCUCUCCAGACCUUCCCGACGAAUGUCACUCUGCGUGCCAAGUACCCCUCUUCCACUUGCCAGCACCCGUGCGGGUGUCGCCCACGCCCGACCGUCACCUCAUCUCUCCGCGCCCGCUUUUUCAACUCACGCUUCUCAGUUGGUGAAAGCCCGGAUCGAAGCUGCCCAUGAGCCUGAGCUGGGUCGGGAGCCAAGCCUUAAUGCCCUGGCCAUGACGUUUGCCUCGUUGGGGAUUGGCAAAAACAUGCAGCGGCUGGUCAUCCUCGUGGCCUCGGUCACGGCGGCGCUGGAAUUGUUCAUCUGGUGCGAGUAUGUUUGGAACUGGUGGGGGAGGAGAGACGAUGGUAUGAUGGAGAAGUGA